AUGAGAAUGGAGGAACAAGAACAUUUGAGACCCAUCUUCAGGAGGGGGUUGGAAAAAUCCCCUCACGUCCUCCAGGUUGGUUAUGUUAAAGACUUCCUGCAAAGGAGACCAGGAGAACGAAUUAAACAGGAACCAGGUGAGGGUUCCCUUCAGCAGUGGGAAGUCCAGUGGCAGGAGUUCCUCAGGUCAGUGGACUCUCCUUGGUCCCAAAGGACAGUCCCACCCUUGCCAGAGAAACCUUCACCCUGGGAAGAUGCCAAGGCGUUUCUGGCCUCCUUCGAACAAGUGGCUGAAGCCUGCCGGUGGCCCAAGGAAGAGUGGGUGACCCAACUCCUCCCAGCCCUCAGUGGAGAUGCCGAGCAGGCCUUUAUCAGUAUGGGGGCCAGAGACAGAGAGGAUUAUGGGAAAGUAAAGGCAGUCAUCUUGAGAGGGGAUGCCAUCAGCAGGGAGAAGAUUCGCCAACACUUUAGGCACUUCUGCUACCAGGAGUCAGAUGGGCCGAGAGGGACGUACAGCCAGCUCCAGGAACUCUGUCAUCGGUGGCUGAGAGUGGAGAAUCACAGCAAGGAGCAGAUCUUGGAGCUCUUGAUCCUGGAGCAGCUGCUGAGUGUCCUGCCCCAGGAGAUCCAGAGCCAAGUGAGGGAGAGCGGCCCUGAAAGCUGCUCCCAGGCAGUGGCCCUGGCUGAGGAAUUCCUCUUGAGGCAGAGAGAACCCAAAAGGCAGGAACAACAGGUACUCUUGGAAAAGGCAUCUGGGAGUGUUUCUGAAGCAGGCCACGAUCCGUCUGAGAGCAAGCAGAGGCAAUUCUGUAUGGAAACCAAGCAGGAAGAUGAUCCGGAUAGAAGCCUGCUAGCCAAAGCCUGGAUGUCCAGAAGUGAUGAGGAGACAUACAUGCCAGACAGUUCAGAACUGGUAAGACCGUGUGGGACUCUGACAUGGACAGUGAAGCAGGAUGCAUCUCAGGAAAUCUACCCAGUGGAGGAAGCAGAAGAAGGACGCAACACCCCCAGGGACACCCCAGCUCAGCCAGGAAUUGAUGCUAAUUUUUCUGCAGAAAAACUGUUGGGGAGGAAGUGUGCCCCCUGUCUGCGGAUUUAA